AUGUUUGCUCGGUCCAAGAGCAAAUUCCACGGCUUCGGCGCAGACAAGCGCCAGCAAGAGUCAGGAUUCUUGGGUUCGGACUCAAGAUCUAGGACAACCUCUGAGCGACCUUACACAGCAACAUCCUUCAACGCCCCAUCUCUGGACGCCCCAUCAUACGCUCCCUCGUUUCCUGAAAAGAACAGCUCUAUAUCAAGUGGCACAAUUAAGCCACCCCAGUCUCACCGUUCGUCGGCAUCAGUCUCCUCCAAUCACUCUGUUGACAACUACGGGAGAUCGAUCGCACCGACCAUGAGUUCAGAACGUGCGCGCACGCGUAGGGAGCGCACCUUUGUGGGCUCUGAGUGUGCCGUCUGUGAGGAGCCAUUAGAACACACUCUCCGGGGAGAGAGGAUACUUCAGUUCUCCUGUGGCCAUGUUUCCCACGAGGCCUGCUUUUACGAGUACAUCAAGGAGAUAGAGUCUCAGUAUUGCCCAGCAUGCAACGCGCCUUUGCACCUGGACACAAGCCGGGGUGGAAACGUGCUCGAUAUAGAAAAAAUCAGCAACCUUGUUAGAUCAGUGAACUCGGAUUCGAGAUCAAUUGGAACGCCAACACCGACACCUCAACAAUGGGACGAUCAUGGAAUGCGGCCGCAAAGCCGGGGUUCGAAUGCACGUUCUGGUUCUGGAGUCGGCUUAAGCCAUCCCAGCAGCCACAACCCCAACGCCAUGUCGCGAAGCAACCGAGACACACGAGAUAGCGGUCACAGCAACCCCCAUUCGGAACGAUAUAUGAGACAUGGGCGUAGUGACAGCGAAGCGACGGGAGUGGCGUCUUCGACAGGUUAUCCUGAGACAACACAGAGCGGAGGGCCCAGGCGCGCUCAUGACUACGACUUACAAGCCAUGGAGACGUCGCUUGCCAGCCCUCGGAGCAUUGCGCGAAACCCCAUCCCUCUCCCGACCGUGACCGUUCGCUCCGAGUUCCCCACCAUCAACCGGUCCCGACAACAGCAAACUCUGACAUGUCUUAUCACCGUCGAAGUGCCCGACAGCAAAUGGCGGCCGGAUCCCGAGGAUUUGCCCCUGGGAAAUAUUCACUCCCCGCAACAAAUGCACCACCAGGUCCCCCACAACCAAGUACCAUCACGGAUGGACGCCCGCGUUGCCGAUGACCCGUAUGGUCCCACAUCACCUACGCAGUCGGUGCCUCGCUUCUUCCCCUACGAGUCGCGUGAGGUACUCGAGGAAAUGACGGAGAAUUUGAGAAAUAGGGUGGACAACUGGCACGGACUGGAUUUCAGCAGAUUCGGCAAGCUUCGCCUGUACGGAACGCUGAGGGUGGGUAAGGACAGAAUAUCAUGGCAGGAGCUUGAGUGCUACCUAUUCGCCGAGAUGCUCAUUUGCGUCAAGGAGAAGAAGACACCACCUGGGGCCCCACAGCAAUGGGACGAGAAUGGGUUGCCUCGCAAGCCGCGAUGCACCCUCAAGGGUUCCAUCCUCAUCAAGAAGCACCUGAACGAGGUUUGUGAAACAGGAAGUAUCGACGAGAAUGUGCUCACCCUUAACCUUUCGGUGGCAGAGCUUUCUCAAUUCCACCUGCGGUUUCAAAAUCGCAACCAACUCAAAUUGUGGCAGCAGGCUCUCAUGGAUCUAAAUGCUGUCGAAACAUCUCCAGUACGGAGCCCAGACUAUGAGCGUGGCGAAUUCUCCGAGGCCGAAGAGGAUGAGUGGCAACGCAGCCAACAACAAGGACAGAGAACGUCAUCCCUUGCCUCGUCAACUUGGAACGGACCGAAAUCCACGACGACAGCCCCGACGGAAUAUACCAGCGUUGCGAAGAGCCCGCUGUUCCCCCCAGUACACGUCCCAAUCGACGUUGUCGUUGUGGUGCCUAUAUCGAGCUCCAUGCAGGGAGUCAAGAUCAACUUGGUCCGAGAUGCCCUCAGGUUCAUGGUUCAUCAGCUCGGGGAUCAUGACAGAAUGGGCCUCGUGACCUUUGGAUCUGGUGGAGGUGGUGUACCAAUUGUGGGCAUGACGACGAAGUCGUGGCACGGCUGGGGAGGUGUCCUGAACUCUAUCAAGCCGGUGGGACAAAAGAGCCACCGGGCAGAUGUCGUCGAGGGUGCCAAUGUUGCCAUGGACCUGCUGAUGCAGAGGAAGUACAACAACCCAAUUGCCACCAUCAUGCUCAUCAGUGAUGCGUCAACCUCGGAUGCCGACAGCGUGGACUUUGUCGUGUCAAGAGCAGAGGCUGCCAAGAUCUCGAUCCACUCAUUUGGCCUCGGAAUGACCCACAAACCAGACACCAUGAUUGAGCUUUCCACGAGGACAAAAGCCUCAUACACCUAUGUCAAGGAUUGGAUGAUGUUAAGGGAAUGCCUUGCCGGCUGCCUCGGCUCAGCCCAAACCUUGUCUCAUCAGAACGUAAAACUGAAAUUGAAGCUGCCCGAAGGAUCGCCGGCAAAGUUCCACAAGAUCAGUGGUGCGCUUCAAAUCACCAAGCGCGCAACGGGUCGGGAUGCCGAAGCUUCUCUGGGCGAUCUGCGGUUUGGCGACAAGAGGGAUAUACUCGUGCAACUGGUGAUCCUUCCGGAUACUGCUUCAGAAGAUCAGCUGCCACAAGAUCCAUGGGAGACCAUCGUAUCUGGUCUCGAAGCGCUGGGCGGUCCAAUGGACCCUGAGGAGCAGCGCACAGUCUCUGUGGAGGAAGUUCCGCUUAUCCAGGCGGACCUCAGCUGGGGCGACAUACUCCGGGACGGUACUUUGAUGCACAUGCCUCGUCCGUCACUCCUCGCCAUCACGAUGCUACCUGCGACAAACCACCACAAGUCCAAGUCUUGGCAGAACACCCCGCCAAUCCCACCUCACCCGCAUAUCGUGCAGAGACGGAUGGAGCUUUUGACAUCAGACAUGUUGACAAGAGCAUUGACGCUGGUAUCAAGAGGCCAACAUGACCGUGCCCACACACUUCUGAACGAGACACGUUCAAUUCUCAAGGGCCUCGGCAAGGGAGGUCUACCCCCUGUCCCGCCGGCCGCAUCCAACAGGUCCCAACCGUCGACGCCUCAUCCGGUUCAUGAGGGGUCCCCCACUUCGCUGACUCCGGAACGCAAACAUUCUCCGUCGCCCACGGCAUCAGCAACGUCGUCGCAUCAUCCGCCACAUCUUGCCCAGGCAAUGAUGCGCAGACCUUCGACGGACGCGCUCAGCGCACUGCACAGCGGACCGGGCUCAAGCGGCAUCGAUGUGCAGGUUGUGUCGGCGCUGGACUCGGAGCUCAUGUCGGCACUUGAAUGGAUCGGCCACCCCGCCGUCUUUGGGCGCGACAGCCGCAAGGCUGUGUUGCAAGCCAUUGGGGUGAUUAGCUCCCAGCGCGCCUUUACGUUCCGCACGCCGAUCGAGGCUUUGUGGGCCGGAAGGAUCUCGGGCGUCAAAAAACUUAUUGAGCACUCGCGUGAGUGGAGAGAAGAGGGUGGCGGCGAGGGUGGCAUCAUGGAAGAAUCCUAA